CGAAAGUGGUACAAAGUUGAUUACGCUAGAGUUCAAUUAGGGAUAAAGUAGCAUUAUACAGUCUGUUGUAGUAACGCCGAGGUAACUUCUGAUUACGUAAGCCCAGUGCACUGAUACUAGGUCAGAUAACUGGUCGCGGGCAGAGCCAAUCGUUGUGCCUCGAAAGACCGUCCCGACGGCAUGUAAAAUGAUUCCGAGGGUAUUGCUACAGCUUGUACGGUCUCCCACCUCCAAUUGCCCCGACUUUUGACCUCAUCCACAUCAACGACACCUUGGCUAUACGUUUUGUAUUACAUAAGACAGAUAAUCCAGAACAGCGGCAAACCUCGACGUCGUGACCUCGUAGCUACCAACUUCAUGGCAUCUCGCGACGUUCCAAGGCCCAGGUUCAUUAUGACGUGUUGAUAUUUUGUUGGCAGUCGUCGCGACGUUGCCUAAAGUACUGACUUCACUCGGAGCAAAAGAAUAGAGGGCAAAUAAAGAAAGAAAAAGGAAGCAUCGAUCUGUUCAACGAAUACCAGUUACUUGUUGGAGACCUUAGUCUCGCUGGCGGCAUCUUCCUCGAUUUCGUAAUAAUUAUCAGCAGUGACACUGGCAGUGAACGUCUGUAAAUGAAUACUACUAAGUGAUAGUGACAUACUGUGAAUUGUUGACUGAUAAGGUAUUAUCAAGCACGCUCCAGGCUUACGGAUCUAAUCGGACUAGGUUAUCGAAAGGAAAUAUUCGGUGAGCGAGAAACUCAUUUAAUACUGUAAGGUAGUCGCGGAUUGUGGUUCUGGUGGGAAAGUUCCUUUUGGUCUCUUACGUAAGGAAGGUGUCAAAUGAAGUAGAAGUUGUUAAGUGGGCGUAAGUGGCAGAUCGCACAGAGAGACGCACUGAGCUAAACCAGAAUUUUCUGCAGGGCAGAGGAGCUCUAGUGACUUGAAGUUGAUUAAUUCGUCGUGAUUGGUAAUUAUGGAAUCUCUGCAGUCUAAUAAAAUCGUAUUUGUUUUAACGUGUGGCGUGGCCGUUGCGCUCGGUGUGGCUGUUUGGAUUAGUAAGAAAAAUUCGAGACAGUCGGAAAAUUCUGCCAGUAAACAGAAGCCUGAGCUUUCAGCUAGAAAUAGGGAGGAUAACGGACAUUGUAAAACCGAUAAAAGUAACUCGAAUUCUGUGCAGAAGAACAAAUCACAAGUAUCGGAUGUAGGUUCGAAGAAGAAUGUUGAAGCGGUGAAUGAGUUUGAAGAGGUCAAGAAGGACGGAUAUAUUAAAAAUGUUGAAACGGAAAUGGACAUGGCGUUGACUGACGAGGAGCAAGCUAUAGACGAAUUGCCAGAUCCAAAAUGGCUGAAGGUUGGGAAGAUCAAAGAGAUUUUUUAUUAUCCGUUAAAGUCAGGACGCGGCAAGGACGUGAAGCAGUGCCACUUCACUGAAUAUGGAAUCAGUGUUACGGAUACUCCAGGAAAUGUCGUCCUUAGAGACAGAAUGUUCCUGGUAUAUAACGAGGAGACAGGACAAUUUCGCACUGGCAGAAAUUUUCCUACCCUGGUCCUGGUGACUCUGAGCGCUGUUGAUGAUUCUCAUGUGAAACUGGAAGCCGUCGGGAUGCCAGCACUGAUCUUCAGCAUCCCGAAGGAAGGUCAGCCCGUUAAUGGGAACACUUCAUCAACAGUCGAAUGCAAAAUGUGGUGGGGAGAACCUCUGAAGUGCAUCGAUUGCGGGAACGAAGCUUCCAAAUGGAUAUCGAGAUUCUUAAUCGGGACAAAUUCUGGCCUCCGGAUCGGGUACGCGUGUCCAGGCACUAGGCGCAUCCUUGAAGGACCCUGGAAACGCUUCGCCGAGGUCUACAACACCCUUAGGAACGAAGACACGGGCCUCUUCUCAGACCUGGCUAGUUACAUGCUCAUGACUGAGUCCUCGGUGAAUGUUCUCAAUAAAAAACUGGACAGACCUGUACCUGCUCUACAGUUUCGUCCAAACAUAGUGGUCGAGGGUCCAGAGGCAUUCGCCGAAGACAACUGGGAAUGGAUCAAAAUCGGUUCCCAAGUCGUUAUCAGAAACGUCAAACCCUGUCCAAGAUGUACCAUGAUACGUAUAGACCCUUCCACGGGUAUUAUGGACAAAGAUGAACCCCUCAAGACAUUAAGAUCAUUUCGAAGUCAGAAGGAUUCGGCACGUAUAGCAGUAGACGGUAAAGCACCAACCAUGGGGAUAAACUGUGGCCUCUACAAGACAGGAAGUGUCCAGGUUGGCGACGAUGUUUACGUCCACAUUCAAUCUGAAAAGGCAGUCCAGGACACAUCCGCUGAAAAAUAAUAGAGCUCAGGAUUCUUAUAAUGGUCAACAAUAUCAGUGGCAGCUCUUAAUGACUUGCUACGCGUUAGUCAAAGCAGUGUACAGUUACUAAAAUAAUAUAGAUACUGUACUUAAAUGUAAAUAAAAUUCCUUACUGUUUA